GUCUUCCAUAGAUGGUUCUUUCCCCAACUUGGUUUUAGUCAUAAUCAUAGACAGGGGGUGAGGGAUGGGGAGGAGCAGGUGACAUAGAUACGCAGUCACAGUCUCUAUGUGACGCCCGGGAGAUGCUGCUGGGGAGACGGCGCUUCCCUGCCUUACACGUGUGCUGUGGGGCUGUGGCUGAGGGAGGGGGACACAGUGACCGGCACAUAAUAGCUGUAUAUCCCAAUACAGAGCUGGGGCUGCUGCUUGAGUGACUGGGGCCCUGUCUCACCCUCUGCCAUAGUGUUGUUAUCAGCAAUGUGUGCUUCCUGUGUCCUGCAGUGCAACAUGGGGGACAUCCCCCCCGGGUUAAUAGGCCCAUUCCCCCAGCGGGGUCGUGUGUAGACUAAACGUCUCAUUCAUAGCCUGACUGUGUAUUACAUUUAGGAAAAUUUAGAAAUAAUACCCCAUCCCGGUGCAGGGCGCCUUGGCUGCCUCCAUUACCGCUGCCCACGGACAGGCGCAGAGCUGAUAUAUUUUUGACACAGACGGAACACCUAUCGCACUGGGUAUUUACAAUAAAAAAAAAUUAGAUGAACAUGGGCAGGUGGUAGCGUGUGUCGACAUUCAGAAUAUGAACUGAGUCCAGUUGUCUACAGUAAGUAUGUGACACUGGAAUAAUGUCAUACGGCCAACCAAAAAUAUGUAUUGUGCCAAUCAUGAAAUAAGAGUGUAGAUGAUGUAACGCUAGCACAUCUGCACAGUUACUACAUGCACUCCGUAGUGCCCAGGAGCUGUACCUGAGUACUAACAGCAUCAUUUGUCAUCCCGCUAUUCAGUGACUGAUCCCUAGUGAGAACCUGACAUCUAUCUAUAGUACCUGGUGACUGAGGCAUUAAUUUUUCACACGCUGUAGAUGACAACUAAAAGUGAGAUUUCAUUCACACCAUAUCCAUAGAUCUAGUGGUAGAUUCUAAUAGGGGUAAAUCAGCUUGCCCUAUAAGUAAGUGGGUGUAUAUGCAGCACUUAGGGUAGCCCCAGACUUGCUGAUUUGUGUUUGCAGCCGUGAGAUGGGGCGAGAAGAAGUGCCCAUUGCCGGAGUUUCCACACAGUUGCGGCAGCACUUUGGCCCCUCAGCCCUGAUUGAAUUGACCGCAUAGUAUGCGCAUAUUAACCAGAGCUGCGAGCUGUAUAAAAUUGAACUGAGGUAACCGGAGUCUUACUAGAAGUCGCUUGAGGAUGAAACGCAACCUAAUUAACUGAGGAUGGACCAGGACAAGAGUCACAUGACUAAGAGCAUAUUAAAGCUCACCUUGGAGAUCAUCUACCUGCUGACUGGAGAGGAUUGCACAGUAGUGAAGAAGAUAUCCAGUGAGCAUGUGACACCACAGAUCCGUCCCUGUGUGUCAGGAGGAUUGGGCAGGAGUCGGGUCCCCAUCAUGGUGACUCCACCUUGCUCACAUGAGAGAGACAAUGACCAAAGGAUCCUGUUACUCACCGACAAGAUCAUUCAGCUGCUGACUGGAGAGGUUCCUAUAAGGUGUCAGGAUGUCACUGUCCAUUUCUCCUUGGAGGAGUGGGAGUAUUUAGAGGAGCACAAGGAUCUGUACAAAGACGUGAUGAUGGAGAAUCACCAAUCUUUCAUAUCACUGGAUAGAUCCAGUAACAGAGAUGCCCCAGAGAGAUGUCCCCGUCCUCUUUAUUCCCAGGACUGUACAGAUGAGAAUCACGGUAUCCCGCAGGAGGAUCAGGGUGAAGACCUGGCUGAUAAUAAGGUACAAUAUAAAAAGGGAGAAGAGAUGAUUGUGACUGAUAUUAAGGUAGAAUAUACAGAGGAAGAAGAAGAGACGUAUGUGAGGGGUGAUCAGCAGUGUAAGGAGGAGGAAAUCCCUACAGAUAUCGGCACAGAUGGACCCAGUAACAGAAAUACCCCAGAGAGAUGUCCUCUAUAUUCACAGGACUGGACAGGGGAGAAUCACAGGAUCCCCCAGGAGUAUCAGGGUGGAGGUCUGACUGAUGUGAAGGUAGAAGAAGAGAUGUAUGUGAGGGGUGAUCAGCAGUGUAAAGAGGAGGAAAUCCCUACAGAUAUCAGCACAGCAGAUGGAGGUAACAGCAGGAAUAUGUCGGAAGAAUAUCUCAUUUUUUCACCAGACUAUAAAAUAGAAGAUAACAUCACACAGGAUGAUCCAGGAGAAAUCCCCAUUACCCCAAUCACACAUCUAGUACCUCACAGUGCCGAUAUGUCAUCUGACCCCUCUAACCAUGAGCAAUGUUCUCCUGAUAACUCAGACACUGUUACACACAGUACAGCUUUUAGAGUAGCCACAAUCACUCCGUGUUCUAUAGUUGACAAAUGUUUUACACAGGAUACAAAUCUCAAUACUCAUCUGCCAGCUAAGGCCCUUGUGAAGCCAUUUCCUUGUUCUGAGUGUGGGAAAUGUUUUAAAAUUAAAUCAACUCUAAUUAGACAUGAGAAAGGUCACACAGGGGAGAAACCAUUCCCAUGUUCUGAGUGUGGGAAAUGUUUUACAGAUAAAUCAACUUUAAUUAGACAUGAGAGAGUUCACACAGGUGAGAAACCAUUUCCAUGUUCUGAUUGUGGUAAAUGUUAUGCAUGUAAAUCACAUCUAAAUAGACAUCGGAGAAGUCACACAGGUGAGAAGCCGUAUACAUGUUCUGAAUGUGGGAAAUCUUUUACCCGGAAAUCACAUCUUAUUAUACAUGAGAGAAGCCACACAGGUGAGAAGCCAUUUCCAUGCUCUGAGUGUGGGAAAUGUUUUACAAAGAAAUCAUAUCUUGUUAAACAUGAGAGUCAUCACACAGGUGUGAAGCCAUUUUCACGUUCGGAGUGUGGGAAACAGUUUACCCAGACUUCAGGUCUUGUUAGACAUGAAAGAUUUCACACAGGUGAGGAACCGUUUUCAUGUGCUGAGUGUGGGAAAUGUUUUACACAUUAUUCAGCUCUAGUCAAUCAUGACAGAUGUCACAUAUUACAUAACCCACCCAUGAAAGGUAAACAAGAAGUAAUUGACACGGCCAUGCAAGACCAGCUUGCAGCAUACACCAUUCAGGUUCCCACAGAUCAGCAGCCUGAAGACGCUGAUACAGAUAAUAUACGAUUGAACCCUAUGCGUACAAUGAAACUACCAGGUAGAGCUGAGGUGAAAGGGGAGGAUGACCAGAUUGUCAGUCCAGCCGUCCCUGCCUCAUCAGUAGAAGUUAGUUAUCCACUAUCAAAACCUGAUCUAUUAAGCAUAAAAGCUGGAUUCCCCGACCCAAGAAAAAACUCUAAUGCCACUUGCAAAUAUCUAUCACAAGAAUACUAUGUACACAAGUUCACCUGCAGGGAUUUGGAGCAGAUAUUGUAUACAUGCUUACCAGAAGAUUUAGCACAAUCACUUGUUGCAACCAUUGAUCUGGCAGCAAAUGAUUACUCAGACCCUACCAAGCCCAAAAUAGAUGUACUUAAUACCAAAUUACGUGAACUGUAUCCCCCUGUCCCCAAAUGGGAUGAUUUGUUCACAAUCAGACAAGCAGACAAUGAAACUGUAGAUGAAUAUUUCGAUAGAUUUAAGUUAAUGGUACCAACUUUCACUGCCGGCGAAAUGAUAGUCAAACCAAAUGAGGCUUCCACCAUGCUGGUUACAUGUUUUGUGGAAGGCCUCAAACCAGCAGUUAUGACUGCCCUCAAGACUACUAAAUUAGCAUGGCGGAAUUCACCAUUAAAUACUAUAGUAGGAGAAGCAAGGGCACAUGAACUCAACCUUGUAAAACCUACCCCUGUUCUGGUCGUAGACCACAUACCAACACCACAAUCCCACCCCCUAGAAGGGACACCCAGCCCAGGUAUGCCUCCCCAAAACCAUUGGGGCCCAAAGCAACACAAAUACAAUCAGAAAAAUAGAAAUUCAUGGCAAGGCCCUCAAGGCCCUCAGGGAGACACUGGAGCGGCUAAGUCACUACUUACCUCUGCGCUGCCUUCACAGACGAUCUCAGGCACUUCGAUCCAAGCAGUGGGAAUCUCAGGGCAAAUACAACUCCUACCAAUACUAGCUGAUAGUAAAAUACAGAUAGGUCCAUUAAACGACACACAUGCUUUCCAGCUGGCAGCAAAUGCUCCUGCAAAUUUGUUAGGCCGUGAUCUAUUAUGUAAACUCGGAGGCACUAUUUAUUGUACAAGCGAUGGCAUUUAUCUAGACAUCCCUAGCACUCUAGAAAGCAAGGCCACAGCGCUGUUAGACACACCAAUCCCGCUGCUGUCAUUACAACUCCACCAACCAAAUAGCCUCAUUCAUGAACAGAUAUUGGAAGCAGUUCCUGCUUCCUUAUGGUCCACCUACAAAGAUGAAGUAGGUUUACUUCAAGACGUUGACCCCAUCAUGAUUAAACUACAACCAGGAAAGUCACCACCACGCAUCACACAAUACCCACUUAAACCAGAGGUGGAAGAAGGAGCAUACCCCUCCAUCCGCUCCCUACUUGACCAAGGAGUCUUGCGCAAAUGCGUCAGCAGCGCAAAUUCACCGAUCUUUCCUGUGAAGAAACCAGGCCCCACAAAGACAUAUCGUAUAGUACAGGACCUUCGCGCCCUUAAUGCAGUCAUACAAGCCUGUCACCCCGUGGUGCCCAAUCCCGCCACAAUACUCACGCAGGACUCGGCUAAUUUUAUGGUCGAAGUGCUGAAAGAAAUUGGCUUACUCCAUGCACGCUCCACGGCCAUGGCUGUGUCGGUGCGUUGGGGCUUAUGGCUACGUCAGUGGAAUGCGGAUAAGGAUUCCAGAAAGGGAGUGAAAAGCCUACCAUUCAAAGGUGACGCCCUAUUUGGAGAUGAACUGGAUGCGUGGAUAUCCAAGGCUACGGCGGGUACGUACCUCCCGUCUGCAGCGCCCCCAGCUAGGAAAACCUACUCUGCUCCAACUCUGCAGGACCUUCUGCAAUCCCUGAACCCGUACUUCCGGGUAUUCAAAUUCAAGAUGGAGUCUCUGAGAGCGGUGAUCUCUGGUCUGGAGGAAGGAGAAUUCUUGGUUUCCCUGGAUAUCAAGGAUGCGUAUCUACACAUCCCGAUCUGGCCGCCUCACCAGGCUUAUCUUAGGUUUGCAUUACAGAACUGUCACUACCAGUUCCAGGCCCUGCCAUUUGGCCUCUCAACUGCACCACGGGUAUUCACCAAGGUCAUGGCAGUGAUGAUGUUCCUCCUACGCAAACAGGGAGUAAACAUAAUUCCGUACAUGGAUGACCUUCUGAUAAAAGCAUCAUCCAGGGAGAAGCUGCUGGACGGUAUUGCAGUUUCGACUCAACUGCUCCAGGAUUACGGGUGGAUUUUGAACCUACCAAAAUCUCACCUGGAACCGAUGAGGAAACUUCCGUUUCAGGGCAUGAUACUGGACACGGAAACAAUGAAAGUUUUCCUUCCAUUGGAAAAGGCAUUGGCUUCACAUAUUCUUCACGAUCAAGCCAUUCAGGUUCAGUCGGACAAUGUGACGGCGGUGACGUACAUAAACCGACAAGGCGGAACGAAGAGAAGAGCAGCGAUGUCAGAGGUCGAGAGACCCACAGGCGGUGGCAGUAGCCGCUCUGGUGACUCGGUGGGUCUAUCAGAGGGUGUACAUGUUUCCACCACUUCCAUUGAUCCCAAGGAUUCUCAAAAGAAUAAAAAGGGAAAAGGUUCAAGCAAUUCUCAUUGCUCAGGAUUGGCCAAGAAGGGCUUGGAUGCUCAUUUCCAGUUGCAGGCCCUUCCGUUCGGUCUCUCUUCUGCUCCCAGAGUGUUCACAAAAGUCACGGCGAUCAUGAUGGCCCUACUUCGGGAUCAGGGUGUGACGAUUGUUCCCUAUCUGUACGAUCUGCUCAUAAAGGCGCGCCCGGCGGAGCUUUUACUUCAGAAUAUCCGGAUAACGCAGGACCUUCUGGUUCGGCGCGGGUGGAUCCUGAACUUCCAGAAGUCUCACUUAUGCCGCUCACAACGGUUGCUGUUUUUGGGAAUGAUUCUCGACACGGUCCAUCAGAAGGUUUUCCUUCCUCAGGACAAGAUCCUGUCUCUGCAGAUGCUGCUGUGUCUUCUACAUCAGUGGUCAGGAUCUCAUCUGUUCCUUCAUCAGCGGGUGACGCUAUCUCCAAAGGCACGGUCGUCGCUUCUCUGGUGGCUCCAGUCGGCACAUCUGUUGGAAGGAAGGAGGUUCGGAGUGUGGGAUUGGACUCUUCUCACCACGGACACAACACCAUGGAACCUCACUCUGGUUCUCGCUUUUCUGCAAUCCUCGUUGUUUGAGCCUCUGGAGUCAGUGGAGAUGAAAUAUCUCACCUGGAAGGUGGUUCUUCUCCUGGCUCUCGCUUCGGCUAGACGGGUGUCGGAACUUUCUUGUCGUCCUCCUUACCUGGUGUUUCAUGCUGAUAGGGCCGAGCUCAGUACUCGCAUGUCUUUUCUACCUAAGGUGGUGUCCGAUUUUCACAUCAAUGAGCCACUUGUGGUUCCAGCUCUCUCGGUGGACUCUCCAGAUUCAAGAUCAUUGGAUGUAGUCAGAACGCUCAAGAUCUGUGUGGAUAGGACUAAGGCUAUUCGGAAGUCCGAUUCCUUAUUUGUUCUAUACGAUGCUACCCGCCAUGGUUGGCCGGCUUCUAAGCAGACUUUGUCACGAUGGAAUCGGCUGACCAUCAGACAAGCUUAUUUGGAAUACACUGUAGUAAGGAAGACAUCCGGUGACCAUGCAAAACCAAGUAGCUGUCCCUGUGUGUCAGGAGAACUAAGUAGGACCCAUCACCCCAUCACGGAGCCUCACUCUCACUCACUGAUACAUAAGAGAGACAAUGAGCAGAAGAUCCUGGAACUCACCAACAAGAUCAUUCAGCUGCUGACUGGAGAGGAGUGGGAGUAUACAGAGGAACACAAGGAUCUGUACAAUGACAUGAUAAUGGAGAAUCACCAGCCCCUCACAUCACUGGAUGGACCCAGUAACAUAAAUACAGCAGAGAGAUGUCCCUGUCCUCUUUAUUCCCAGGACUGUACAGAGGAGAAUCACAGGACCCCGCAGGAGGAUCAGGUUGGAGGUCUGAGUGAUAUUAAGGUAGAAGAUAUAGAGGGAGAAGAAGAGACGUAUGUGACUGAUAUAAAGGCAGAAGAUAUAAAGGGAGAAGAAGAGACGUAUGUGACUGAUAUAAAGGCAGAAGAUAUAAAGGGAGAAGAAGAGACGUAUGUGACUGAUAUAAAGGCAGAAGAUAUAAAGGGAGAAGAAGAGACGUAUGUGACUGAUAUAAAGGCAGAAGAUAUAAAGGGAGAAGAAGAGACGUAUGUGACUGAUAUAAAGGCAGAAGAAGUGACGUGUGUGACUGAUAAUACGGAAGAAGAUACAGAGGGAGAAGAAGAGAUGUAUGUGACUGAUAUAAAGGCAGAAGAAGAGAUGUAUGUGACUGAUAUAAAGGCAGAAGAUAUAAAGAAAGAAGAAGAGACGUAUCUGACUGAUAUAAAGGCAGAAGAUACAGAGGGAGAAGAAGAGACGUAUGUGACUGAUAUAAAGGCAGAAGAUACAGAGGGAGAAGAAGAGACGUAUGUGACUGAUAUAAAGGCAGAAGAAGUGACGUGUGUGACUGAUAAUAUGGAAGAAGAUACAGAGGCAGAAGAAGAGACGUAUGUGACUGAUAUAAAGGCAGAAGAUAUAAAGAAAGAAGAGACGUAUCUGACUGAUAUAAAGGCAGAAGAUAUAAAGGGAGAAGAAGAGACGUAUCUGACUGAUAUAAAGGCAGAAGAUACAGAGGGAGAAGAAGAGACGUAUGUGACUGAUAUAAAGGCAGAAGAAGUGACGUGUGUGACUGAUAUAAAGGCAGAAGAUAUAAAGGAAGAAGGAGAGACGCAUGUGAAGGAUGACCAGCAGUGUAAGGAGGAGGAAAUCCCUACAGAUAUCAGCACAGCAGAUGGCGGUAACAGCAGGAAAAUCUCAGAAGAAUAUUUAAUUUUAUCUCCAGACCAUAAAAUAGAAGAUAACAUCAAACAGGACUCUACAGGAGGAAUGCCCAUUACCCCAAUUACACUCCCAGUACCUCACAGUGCAGAAACGGCAUCUGAUUCCUCUAACCAUGAGCAAUGUUCUCCUGAUAACUCAGAUACUCAUAGUGCAGCUUUUGGGUUAGCUACAAUCUCUCCCUGUUCUGUAGAUGGCCAAUGUUAUACACAGGACACAAAGCUUAUUACCCAUCAGCCAGCUAAGGCUGGUGUGAAGUCCUUUCCAUGUUCUGAGUGUGGGAAAUGUUUUAGAAAUCAAUCAACUCUAAUUAGACACGAGAAAAGUCACACAGGUGAGAAACCGUUUCCAUGUUCUGAGUGUGGGAAAUGUUUUAGAAAUCAAUCAACUCUAAAUAGACAUGAGAAAAGUCACACAGGUGAGAAACCGUUUCCAUGUUCUGAGUGUGGGAAAUGUUUUAGAAAUCAAUCAACUCUAAAAAGACAUGAGAAAAGUCACACAGGUGAUAAACCAUUUCCAUGUUCUGAGUGUGCGAAAUGUUUUACAGAUAAAUCAACUCUAAAUAGACAUGAGAAAAGUCACACAGGUGAUAAACCAUUUCCAUGUUCUGCUUGUGGGAAAUGUUUUCAAGAAAAAUCAACUCUAAUUAGACAUGAGAAAGUUCACACAGGUGAGAAACUAUUUCCAUGUGCUGAUUGUGGGAAAUGUUAUACAUUUAAAUCAUCUCUUAAUAGACAUUGGAGAAGUCACACAGGUGAGAAGCCUUAUACAUGCUCGGAGUGUGAGAAAUGUUUUACCCGGAAAUCACAUCUUAUUAUACAUCAGAGAAAUCACACAGGUGAGAAGCCAUUUCCAUGCUCUGAGUGUGGGAAAUGUUUUACCCGGAAAUCACAUCUUAUUAUACAUCAGAGAAAUCACACAGGUGAGAAGCCAUUUCCAUGCUCUGAGUGUGGGAAAUGUUUUACAAAGAAAUCAUACCUUAAUAAACAUGAAAGGUAUCACACAGGCGUAAAGCCAUUUACAUGUUCAGUGUGUGGGAAACCGUUUGCCCAAAAAUCAUCUCUUAUUGCACAUGACCGAAGUCAUACAGGUGAGGAUCCAUUUUCAUGAAUGUGGGAAAUGUUUUACUGAUAAAUCAUCUCUAGUUAAUCAUGAGAAAUGUCACCUGUGAGAUGCCUUUUUCUUGUUCUAAAUGUGGGAAAUAACAAGUGUAUUUAUAUAAUGUUCUCCAGUAUAACUCAGUCACUUUACAAACACCAAAAAAUGUAGCACAGAGGUUUAGUUAUUACAGCACAAAGAAGACAAACCAAAACAUUUUUACAUAACGGGCACAAUGACCGUAAUGCAGGGUAUGUGCAGCCAUUUUGAUUAAUAACUUCCACAGAUUACAUAAUCCACCCAUGCAAGGUACCAGGUGAGGCAGCCAUGUGGGGAAUGCAACAUAGGUUUCCCUGGGUGGAAUAGGCAAUGGCUAGAACAGAUUACAUAAAAUGUGGCAGUGUACCUUUACAUAACAAUUGGUUGCAGAGCCUUGAUAAAGAUGGAAGCCAUAUUUGUUCAUAAGACUCCAUUUAUAAUUGACAUCUGACAAGCUGUUUCAAAUUGUUUUCAGCUUAGAGCUGACACAGGAAAAAGUACAGACACUGCACUUUGUUUGAACCCAUAUUGUGAAGUUAUGACCUUUAUCUAAGAUAUAUUUUACGGUAAUUUCUUAGCAGAAAUAUAAUGUCAGCAGCUAGACAUGUGAGCUUCAAAGGGUAUUUGUCAGUUUGCGGUAUAGCAGGUGUAAAAAUAUAACCAGACAUAUGUAGGUUUCAAGGUUAGCAAAAACCCCCAGUUAUUCCACUUAAGAGCACAUAUAAGAAAUAUAGACGUUGGCAAACAUAUUACGUAUAAGAUAGAAGUUUUAUUAGCCAAUAGGAUUAAGCUUCGUGUCAGGAAUCGACGACACAAUAUGUUCAUUUGUAUCACUUUAUAAUGUACUGCUGGUAGGAAAUAAAGCUCUCUCUGCUGUAUUACUUUCCACUUUA